AUGCUCUUACUAUUGGUCAUUGCAAUCGGAUUCGAAGUAGAAUUCAAGAAGGUAUUUUAUCUCUCCAGGGAUAUUCGUACUCUCGGUUUUGGGCUAGAUCUUAAGCAUGAUUUCGGUCCGGCUCGGAUCAGCAUUCCAGUUGAAAAGAGAGAGAAGUAUAGAAUCUCCGGCUUUCUUGAAUCGGACAUAGUAGAGACUAGAGAUUUGAAGAAGUUGCUCGGGAAGCUAUCUUGGUGUGCUCAAUUGAUUCGCCAUUGGCGUCCCAAGCUCGGUGCCUUAUAUGCAUUGACCGCUGCCGCUGACCGCCCCAAACGAGGGAAACCUCUGAGACAUGUUCGCCUUUCCGCAUCUGUUCGAGAAUCUCUCCAGUCGAUAUGGGAGGCUCUGGCCGAGCCAUGUUCCGUACCCCUUUUUGGUCUGAAGGAGGAGGUUUGGUAUUUGGUAUCGGAUGCUUGCACGUAUGGCUUUGGAGGAUUCUUCACUGAUGGCACUGACUAUUAUUGGUAUAACAUCAACUCUUGUGACGAGCCUCUGCUGUGGGAGGAAAUUCUCAAGGCACAUCUCGAUGCCGAAGCACCCGCUUAUGCCGGUUUGGAGGAGCCUGAGAUCUGUUAUCUGGAGCUAUGUGCAGCUGUUUUGGGUUUGAUAGGGAUAGAGAAGACGCUCAGUGUUCGACUCAAGGACUCGCAUAUUUCAGUUUCGAUUUUCUGCGAUAACACAGCAGCGGUUUCGGCUCUUGCUUCUUGGUCCCCGAAGUCACAAGCUUUGAGAACGCCUUUGAGUUGGGUUCCCCACUGGUCUUCACGUGUACGCUCUCAACACGUGCCUGGACGUUUCAAUAGCCCUUGCAGACUUCAUUAG